CAACAAAACGAAAACGAAAACCAGAAAAGAAAAAAAAAACACGAAAACUUUGAACUUUGCUUCCAAAGGAAAGCUCUCUCACCAAAACCGCAAAGAAAGGAGGAGAGACAGACGACGAAACGAAAGGAAUCUUCUUUUCACACAGCUUCAAUCAAUCAAUUCAAAUCCAUUCAAUUUCAAUGGAGUUGCCACCUCCGCCUCCACCUCCACCGCCGGAGAGAUCGAAACGCCUACACAACUUCACCUUACCUUACCUCCGAUGGGGUCAGCAGAGAUUCCUCAGGUGCGUCAAGCUACCUUCUUCCUCCUCCUCCUCUCCUUCUCCCGAUCGCGCCAUUCACGGAUCUCCCGCUCCUCUUCCCGGAGGAGAGUCAGCUCAACAACAACCAAAGGUCUCUGCUUUGGGGAAUAAUGGAGGAGUAGAUGCAGCAGCAGCUCGGCCGUGGAAUCUGAGGACGAGGAGAGCCGCUUGUAACGAGCCUGGUGGAGGAGGAGACGAGACCACGACGACAACGAGGAUCAUCACCACCACCACCACCACACAUGAAACUGGCGUCGUCGUGAAGAGAGGAGGUAGUGGUAGUAGUAAUCAAGAAGGAGGAGGUGGAGAUCCAUCGUCGCAGCAGAAACAAGUGAAAUUCUGUGUUGCGUUGUUGAGAGAAGAGAUCGAAGAGGAUUUCACAGCCUUGAUUGGUAAAAAGCCUCCUCGUCGACCCAAGAAGCGUCCCAGACUUGUUCAGAAGCAAAUGAAUACUCUUUUUCCCGGUUUGUGGUUAGCGGAAGAAGUAACGAUAGGCUCUUACGACGUCCCUGAGGCUGCUCCUGCUCCUGCUGAUACAUGAUUGAUUCAAAAGAGGUCUGAUUCCUUUUGCUUUCUGCCCCCCAAGAACAUUCUUCUUCUUUGUGUAUCAAUCUUUGUUUGUAUUUUUUCUGUUUUUUUGAAUCUUUUUUUUUCUGUUGUAAAAAAAAAGGAAGCAAAAAGAAUUGUAGCAAUGUGCCCCCCAAGUUUUAGUGAAUGAAGCCAUUUUUACUA